UCAGGCCAGUCUUGAGUGCUUUCAGCUCUAGCUCAGCCUCCAACACUCACCACCACCACUGCCACCACCAUGUCUCUGAUGAAGAAUGAGAGAGCCAUCAUCAUGUCCAUGUGGGAUAAGAUGGCUGCUCACACGGAGGCCAUUGGCACUGAGACUCUGGAGAGGCUCUUCUGCAGCUACCCCCAGACGAAGACCUACUUCCCGCACUUCGACCUGCACCACGGGUCGCAGCAGCUGCAGGCCCACGGCUCCAAGGUCCUGACGGCCGUGGGCCUGGCGGUUAAGAACAUCGACAACCUCUCUAGCGCUCUGACCAAGCUGAGCGAGCUGCACGCCUACAUCCUGCGUGUGGACCCUGUCAACUUCAAGCUCCUGUCGCACUGCCUGCUGGUCACCCUGGCCGCGCGCUUCCCUGCCGAGUUCACGGCUGAGGUGCACGAAGCCUGGGAUAAGUUCUUGUCUAUCCUGUCUUCCGUCCUGACUGAGAAGUACCGCUAAGCGGCGCCUCCACGAUCCCCUACCAGACCGGCUCCGACCCUUCUCCUCCCCUUCAUUGAACGCCGGCCUUUCCCGAAAUCCCCAAUAAAUGGUUGAAGAAGGAAA